GUCAAAGACUCCGGAAGAUGUAGGAGUUGCUAUGCGUUUGCCACGACAGGAGUUCUGGAGGGUCUCCAUGCUCUCACCACGGGCAAACUGGUCACUCUCAGUGAACAGAACAUCAUUGACUGCUCCGUUCCCUAUGGCAACAGGGCCUGCAGUGGAGGCUCCGUGGAGACCAGCCUCAUGUACGUCAUCGACAGCGGUGGACUAGACACUGACACAUACUACCCCUACAAGGAAAGGCAAUAUCUCUGCAAGUUUUCAAAGAAGUACAUUGCUGGAAAAUGCACAGGGAUGAUAAAGAUACAGAAAGGCCGGGAAUCAGAUCUGGAGAUUGCCGUGGCAACGUUUGGUCCAGUCACAGCCGUAGUUGAUUCUCGACACAACACAUUCCAGUUCUAUGCAGGAGGAGUGUUCCUGGAGCCGACAUGCUCCACUACCAAACUGACUCAAAGUGUCCUUAUCAUUGGCUACGGAAAGACUCGCCACGGCAGAGAGUACUGGAUACUCAAAAACAGCUGGGGAACGGCAUGGGGAAUGGAUGGCUACAUGCUAAUGGCAAGGAACCUCAAUAACCACUGCGGGAUUGCCUCCCGAGCACUCUACCCCAGCAGCUAGCAGCUACUAGCUAACAACUCGACAAGCAAUAGUUGACAGUCAUCAUCUUCUGUGGCUAUAGUUUACUCUCAGCUGGUCAUUUUAACAAACUGCACUCCUUUUCCCUUAUUCCCU